UCAAGCGAUAUCCAUGCCAGUGGCAUUGCAAUAAGAAAUAUCUUGCAUGUAUCUAUCAAACUUGCAGGAGGCAUUUUGAGAGGAAAUGUUUAUUCUUUCUUUCAUGAUGUUCACCAAGGAAAAAUGUGGAUGUUUCUUCGCUUCCGUCUAUUACAUAACAUUUGGACCAGACAUGCAUUGUUCAACACACAGAAGGCUGCGAAUCAGUGUAUUCUGGAACCUACGGUCUGAUAUACAUAGAGUUCGAGUCGUUACACGUAACGUGUCACUUUUCCCAUAAUUGAUAUGAAAAACGAAUAAUAGUCAUUCCAGAGGGUGGGUCACGUAUUAAGUCACUUUACGUCCACCUGUCGCAUCAUGUCAUGUUUUCAAGGGUGAUUCAAUGAGCGAACACGCUCGCAACAAUAGACAUUAUCGUGUAAUGCUGAUUUGUUGAAAUGAUGAAGUCAACACUAUGCCCGGAUACAAAAUAGUUACAAUUUUCAAUCAAGCUUACACCAAUGCGAACUAUAGAGUCAAGACAAUAAGUGAAAUACACCAUCCAGAACAGUUCUUUAGAGUCAAUACAAUCCGCUCAAAAUUACAAUGUGCCAUUCUCUGUCUAUACAAAUUAUCUUCGCCUGGAUUCUGUUACGGAGGAGCGGAUGGAAUAUGUGUAAUCCAUCGAGGUGGCGCCAUUGCGAAAUGCGCGGAGAAGCAGAAUAUCAACAACGAGGAGAUACUGUGUAUGGCUAAAGUUGAUGGCAGCCCUGGCAGGUCGACUGAGCCUGGUACAACGUUCAGGCACAUGGCGGAGAGUCCUCUACCGCGGCUGAAAAGCGUCGUCUGUUUUGCGAUGGUCAACCCUGCUCGCGUAAUCCUGGCAAUGGUCCGAGAACGCAAUACUGAGUUUUUCGAAAUAAGAAGAAAGUUAAGUGUUACAAACGGUUUGAGUUUCACUAGGAAACGUCUCUUUAUGACAAAUGUCAAGGUAAAGAAUCUUUCGCAUUUUAAUGGAAGUCUAUUGUACUCGUACAGAAGAGAGAAACUGCCGAAGGACAUUUAUUAUCAAUGGUAUCUAUACGAUCUAGCCGGCCAUGAAAUUGCCCAGCUGGAGAGACCGUGCUCACCCAAGUAUUGCCAUACUGUGGUGGUAUACGCAAUCCAUAUCCACGAAAUUGACGGUACCCUUCAGGCUUUUGUUGCAUUCGACCACUCACAAAGGGUUCCUCUUAUCGUCCCGAAUAGGUAUGAAGUAUAUUAUUUCAGGCCCGAAAAAAUAAUGCAAAGCAAGGCCAUGCCUAUAUUCAAAUUUCGCCGGGAACAUCUCAUUGCGAAAUCAGAAGGGGAUAAAAUAUAUAUCGCUUAUUCGGACGACGGCUUCCUGGCAAUUUUGUACGACAAAGAUAACCAAAUUGACAUCCGUACAAAGAAGAGUCAGUUCAGAAGUCGACACUUUUCAUUCAUGUACCGUACUGGCCUUGACACAAUAAAAAGAGAUUGGAAUGUGAGACAUGUUAAACUGGCAGUACCGGGUGCACGAAGUCGAUUUCACAUUCUCCUCAGGAAUACACGUACCACCUUUUACGGGCUGUACGAAUUUCAUAACUCUUGUUCGUCCAAGGAAGGAGGCAUUAAGCUUGCGGGUUCUCGGAAUUCCAUUCUUCCCGCACUGACGGGAUGGUUUGAUUUUCUUAUUCACCCUGAUGGUUAUAUGUUGGUAGUAGAUAAUGAGAGGGCCGCCCCAAUAUUAAGGUUGUAUUGGUUGUUGCCGGAGUGGUAG